AAUGAUGUUACAAGUACCAAAAUGCUGUUUAAAUGCUAUUCUUGAAAAUUACUGUGUUGAUUGGUACAGAGGAUUGGUACAGUCUGCAGACACUCAAUGCAUCUGGAGUCAUAGCUGAAAUAAUGGCAAACUUAAUUUUUCAUCACUGUUUGCGAUUACUCAUACUCUAUCUGAUAACUUUUACUUUCAUCAUUCCUAUUCUUUGCUAUUACUUACCUUAUUCUAAACUGUUCAAGGUCUUCCAUUCAGAAAAGAAAAUGUUAAGUGAUGCCAAGGAAUUGAACAACCAACGACUUGCAAAUGCCAUGGCUUACUUUAACAGCAUUGAUAAAACAGAGUCAAUGCAAUAUUACAACCAGUAUGACCACGAAAGACUUGAUUUGCUUGUCGUUAUUGUGACUGUCCAGAGAAAGUCAUCAGAUGUACAAAAGUUAGGCUACUUCCUACAAGCAACAGCAGCAAUGGACAAAGUGCUGAAACACAACCUCAGUUUUAAGAAAAAGAAACUUGUGAUAUGUAAUGUUGAUGCCAAUCCAUUAAACUAUACUGAUGUAACAUGGUUAUCAAACUAUGUUCCAACGAUACAAAGAUUCGGUACAAAGGGAAGGGACAUGACGGAGAGAAUCUCUCCACUGAGAGCAACACUGUACCACAAACGUUCGUAUAGUAACAGAUAUGAGAAAGAGACUGUGGAUUACAUGUUCUGUUUGGAGAGUGCUCACCUCAUGAACGCCAGCUAUAUUUUGAUGGUGGAAGAUGACGCCAUUCCACACAAAGAAGUUUUGAAUAACGUUAAACACGUAAUGGACACUAAACUCCAACAUUACAAACGAGAGUUUGGGCAUAUCAAACUGUACUACCCCAUGAAGUGGCAAGGAUUCGCUUUUGAGGAGACAAGGAUAAUGGAAUUGCUGAGUGUAGGAUUCAUCGGAGCUGGUAUUUUUGUGCUUGUUUUUAAUUGGAAUGUUAGUAGUAAAAUGUAUUCGUUACAGAUGUUAUAUUUUUUAGCAGGUUCUGUUUACUUCAUACUGGUGGCGGAACUUUUAGAUAGACAAAAUAUAAUGGAACUUAGACGAUUCUCAGCUUCGUUGUAUUCUUUUAGGAAGUCUCCAGGAUGCUGUACACAGGCUAUGUUGUAUAGUGAACACAUCAUACCUGCCUUACUGAACUAUCUACAAGACACUGCCAGGCCAGGCAUGGAUCAUACGGAUAUAGCUAUCUAUAAGUUCACUUUAGAGAACAACAUUUCAUCUUACCAGAUUGAACCCAAUCUGUUCUACCAUGUUGGUCUGUACACAUCACUUGUAGAGGGCAGAUACAAGGAUCCAGAAGGGUUCCUAUUCCAUGUUUAGAAUGCACUGGAUACCUAGCAGUGUUAUCUUUAUACUUAAACCACACAGAAUUUAACACACAGAACCACCUCUAAAUGUUAGUAUGUUGUCUCCAUUUAUUGAUGGCUUAUCAAAUGGUUGUACAUUGUACACCAUGUAUUCCUUGUAUAUGUAAUAUCAUUGUUAUUGCAGGUGCUCUCUUUAUUUAACAGUAUUAAAUUGUUAUAGUUUUUUCUGGCGAAGUAUUGGAUGGAUCUUUCUCAAAUUCCAUACAUAGGUUCGUCUUGCUCGCUAGUUGAACAUUAUUUGAUUUUGACACUGAUGUAAGAAAAUGAUAUGGCCAACAGGCAGCCAUCUUCGAUACUGACCGGAAUUGUUUGUUAUCCCUACUUUUUUGAGAAAUGUCCUUUAGACCAAAUCUCAUUGACAGGUUCACCUUAGUCCCUAGUUGUGCAUAGUUCAUUUUAGAACUAAUCAGAAAAACAAGAUGGCUGACAGUCCGGGAUUUGGGAUUUUGUCAAUGAAAGAUUUUUACCAUGUUUUCUCGAGAGAUACUAGAUUUAUCUUCUUUUUUUUCAAGUUUCAUGUGGAAGUUUCCAUUGGUCCAUAUUUGUGCCCCCUUGAUUUUUGGACCAUCAAAAAGAAAUGUCUGACAGACAGCUAUCUUAGAUAUUUUUACAAAGACAGGUUGGUUAUUGUAUUUUCUUGUGAUGUAAUGAAUGCCCCAUUUUCUAAUUUUAUAUAAAUGUUCCCAUUGGCCUCUUUGUGCCUUUUCUUUUGGUAAUUAUCAGAAAAAACAAUUUGGCCAACAGGUGACUAUCUUUGAUUAAGAUUAAGAUCAAGAACAGAGGAAACUAUAGAAGAGGAAGUGAAACAUCCAGCUUUUAUUUAACGAAUAAAGACCAAACAAUGAUGAAUGGAAAUAUCCAGUUGGGAUUUUUUAAGCACAUGUGCUGCUUUUCUUUCAUACUUCAAGUGUUAUGAUCAUUUCUGUAAAUCAGUCUAAAGGUGUAUAUUUCAGUUUUUUGACAGAUAAUCUUACAAUCUUGAUCAAAUAUGAAAUGAUUUACAAGUGCCAUAAAAUAAGAUACUAGUCUUUUUAGAUAUAUAUAUGUAUUGCUUUUUGAUACCCCACUGUCUUAAAUUGGUCAUGUUUUUACCUUUGUUUACACCAAACAUUGAAUCCUGAUAUCAUUUGGUACUGAUUUAUGGCCAAAACAAAUGAUAAUAUUAGUUAAGGAAAUGUCUAUCUUUCUUCAUGCAGGAACAGGAUAUUUGAAUGUGUUUCAACUAUUAGUUCUCACGAAGUAGUUCAGAAAUCAUCAAGAAACUAACGCUUUCAGUCGGCCCUUUUUCAAUCCAACUAAGAUAGUCAGUUAUUAAUUCCAGGGCUCUCGAUCUGCCAGAUUUGGGGCCAAUAUUUGGCCCCAUUCCCAAUGCAAAAUAGUAUCUUUUUUUCCCAAUUUAGACCCCAAGAUUUCCCAAUUCUAAGGAAAGCACCAUUAUUUUUCCCAAUUCUAAGGGCCCCGGGCCCCAGUCCCAAAAUGGGGUGUGAGAGCCCUGAAUUCUCUCGAAAACAUUAAAGAAUAACAAGAACUUUUUAGAAACAUGACUGUAUUGGCUAUAUACAUGUAAUGUAGUUGUAGUUGGGUACAGACUGGUAAAGAAACAGGGUAAAACAAUUAUGAAAGCGCAUUUAUUUAUCCAUAAAAGUUGUCUCGGGAGACAUUCUAAAAUAUUUUGUGUAGAACAUUUUUCUAGCUUAAUUACAAUGUUAAAUGAUAAAUGAAGUAUUUUCAAAUGGGUAAUAUUUCAACUUGAAAAGAAAGAUAUUAUGAAUAGACAUGUUGUAAAAACGUAAUGGAUCCAUCAGGCAUUGUUGUAUUGAGUCAGUUUGUUGCCAGUAUUUAUACAUUGACCGAAUUGUGUUGUUAAUAAUAAGUUUUACAUAUUGCUAUGUUUUAUAUGGGUUGAUUUUUAUGAAACCAAAACUUAAUGACUGACUUGGAAAUUGCUUUCAACCCUGACAUGGCUCUUAAGUUUUUCACUUGUAGUGGUCACAAUUCGCUUAUUUUCAAGUCGGUCAUUAAAUUUUGCUUUCAUUAAUGUUUUCCAUUUCAAGCCAAUAUAUAUCUUUUUUUCUACAUAUACCUAUAUAUAGAUUGUAUAUAUACUUAUAUAUCGCAAAUGAAAGCAUUAAGAUUGCUAUUCUGUUGUACAGGUGGCAUUUUAAUCUAUUUUACACCUUUUAGUAAUCAUAAAGAAAUCGUUACGGCUUUUUUGUUUAUAUUGCCUGUAACCAUGGAUAUCAAUUAUAUUCUUUAUUAGCCAGAUUCUUGUGGUUGU